GGCCGUCACCAGUGCAAUGAGUGAUUGGGAAAUGAUCAAGGUCUCCCCCUGCUACUGAGGUAUCCUCGCUCUCGGCCUGCCCCUCCGUCAUCCAGGAGCAGACACAACUGCAUCAUCAGUGAGAAUCAGAUCAUCGCACCCCGGUCAACUGAUCAGUUGUGGAUCCUUUCGGUAUGACCAAACUGCUCGGCUAUGUCGAUCUGGCAGAUUUCAACUUUGCGGCUGCGGUCCUCUGCAUCAUCUUUAAUCCCCUUUUCUGGAACGUGGUUGCAAGAUGGGAGCACAAAACCCGCAGCCUGAGCAAAGCCUUCGGCUCUCCGUACAAGGCCUGUUAUUGCCUGGGAGUUACCAUCCUGCUACUUAACUUCCUCAGGUCCUAUUGGCCCGCCUGCCGAAUUUAUCUUUGCGCCAAGGCUUCUUGCCGGAGAGCAGUCCGGGGCUGGAGAUCCGCCAUCGUCAAACCGGCUCAAAAUCCUCAGCCCGGUUCCGUGCCCGGACGUCACGUUGCAGGGACGCCGUACGGCAGCGAAGUAGCGAAUCCUUUCCUCCCCCUCAUUUCCAGAAAUCGAGCUCGGUGGAAGGAGCCUGUGUGUGAUAAUCCAAUAACAGCACGGACAGCCCGAAUCUUCCGUGGAAACACGCCGCUGCUUAAUGCGUGGAAAACCACAGAGUGCUCCCACGGUUUCACCCGAGCCAUGACGAGCCAGCCCAAGUUGGAAGGUCUGGAUUGCCUCGCUGCUUACCACAUGGGACUAGCGAUCCUGGGAGUCGGGGUGAUAUUCGUUCUCUCCAGCUUCCUGGCUUUGGGAUUCGUCGGGACCUAUUUAGGAGAUUACUUCGGCAUCCUGAUGGAUGCGAAAGUGACGAAGUUCCCAUUCAAUGUCUUGGAUAAUCCCAUGUACUGGGGGAGCACCGCCAACUACCUAGGUUGGUCCAUCAUGAACGCGAGCCCAACAGGACUUGUGCUGACGGCAGUCGUGGCUGUGACGUACAUGGUUGCGAUGGUAUUUGAGGGGCCUUUCACCGAAGAGAUCUACCGGCAGAAAGCGAAAAAAAUGAAGAAUAAGUAACCGCAGUGGUGUUUGUGUGGCAGGGCAGGAAAUCACAGUUGCCAAAGCCAACCUCCUGGACACGCCCACCCUCCAGGUUAGGGAAUUUCGCAGGAGACGAAAAAUGCCGCCGAUGGCCUGAGGACCCCGGCCCCUCCGCCCAGGGUCUCCACUCAGGUUCCAGUGAGAUUACUGCCACACAACACUCAGGGGGUUGUGGAGAGAUCGUUGGCCUCGGGUCCCAAAUAGCUCCUCGGCCCUGAGUCCCCUGUUUCUGAAUUUAAUGUUCAAUAAAUAACCUCACUUCUUUGA